AUGACACUGCCUCAUUAUGAUGAUGAACUGAACCAAGAAAAUGGUCCGAACCGUAUCCUGGUACCCUUCGUAGCUUGUGGAGAUCUGUCUGGAUUUGACAGCGAUGGAUUUUAUCCCUUGAAAGGGCCAGACAUUCCUGUUGGACCUUUAGGGACAGAAUACGUUUUCCGUGAUGUCGUUCAGCCACCAACCGAACCAGCUUAUAAGAAAGCGGUUGAACUGAAGAAGAAGAAUCAGCUAGUCAAACCGACGAGCAGUAUACGCAGCAUCGUAAAAAGUUUUGAGAAAAUCAAUCCGUAUACAAAGGAUGAAAACGCUGGCAACAUUGGUUACGACGAUGAUUUGGUGGAAUCGCUAGCAGAUUUCCUGCAAAUCAAUGAUUCUUGA